UGACACGAGAUAAGCUCCAAAUAAGAGUAAUAUUCGAUCGGAAAAGAUAAACCACGAGUGCCGACGUCGCGAAUUGAUCGACAGCUUCGAUCGUUAGGGCGUGCGAGCGUGGCGUGCGUGACGAAUCUUGCCAACUAUUUCCGGCGGCUUGGCGCCUCCGAUCGCGAGGUGACGUUUACUGUUUGCCGUGAUUUGCUGGGUGUGUUGCUGCCAAAAUCGGCGGAGCGAGAGCAAGCGACUUCCUUUUGAAGGUUCUGCGCGACUUCAGUCUUUCUCCGCUUGCGCUCCGAUCGCGGAAAAAAUGGGCCUCACAAUCAGCAGCUUGCUUACCCGGCUGUUUGGCAAGAAGCAGAUGCGGAUACUGAUGGUGGGUCUGGACGCCGCCGGUAAGACCACCAUACUUUAUAAACUGAAACUCGGCGAGAUUGUCACCACUAUACCCACGAUCGGCUUCAAUGUCGAGACGGUCGAGUACAGAAAUAUCUGCUUCACCGUAUGGGAUGUGGGCGGCCAGGACAAGAUCCGACCACUUUGGAGGCACUACUUUCAAAAUACUCAGGGUCUCAUCUACGUAGUAGACAGUAACGAUCGCGAACGUAUCGGCGAAGCGGAACGCGAACUGGCAAACAUGUUGAAGGAAGACGAGUUACGGGACGCGGUGCUGUUGGUGUUCGCCAAUAAGCAAGAUCUACCCAAUGCAAUGACCGCAGCUGAGCUCACAGAUAAACUAGGCCUAAAUUCGUUGCGAGGACGUCACUGGUACAUACAGAGUACCUGUGCCACACAGGGACACGGAUUGUAUGAGGGUCUGGAUUGGUUGAGUAACGAGCUAGCCAAAAAGUGAUAGCGCCUCACUGUAACUGAUAUUUUUAAGGACAACUUACUCAUCCAAUAUGGACGUAGAAUGGGCAAAAGUCACUCAAUUUCAAUCAAAUUAUAUCAUCUAUAACAAUAUAGUAUCAAUUAUAUGUACAGUUUAACAGUCGCUGCGAUUUUAAUUGCUUACAGAAAUUGAUGCAAAUGCAAACAAAAGAAAUUAGAGCGAUACGUCAACUUUUUUACCUCUUAGGUACAGUAAAAUUCAUGUGAAAUGUGUUCCAAAAGUAAAACUUGUUUCACAGAAAAGAAAUGUGCGAUUAAGACAUAAUAUAGAUUCUUGCAUCAUUUAUAAGAUUAUAUAUAAAGGUUGUACAUAAUUCUAAGUUCCUUCAUAUAUACUUACCAUUAGGUCAAUUCUAAUUCUGAUUUUUGAUACAUCGAGGGACAAAGUAUUGCCUUCAUCAACAGAUUUAAAUGCGAAAAAUUUAUUUAUGUUAUAUUAAGCAUAUGAAAAAAUUAUUGGAUUACAAUUUAUUUUCUAUAUUUUAAUCUACGUCCAUACUAUUCAUUAGAAAUGAAAUAUGUAUUAUGUGAUGUUAUAUACACAGGUCGUUUGCACUCUAUCCUGUUCUCACAGAUAAGUAAAUUUUUGAGAUAAGUAAUUACUAGUUUAUAAGGCUUAUAGAUAAGUACUUGAUUAAUUUUAAUAUUGUGAAAAGAAAUAAAACUUAAUGAUGGUUUUUGAGCUGCAACUCUCAUUUUUAAUAAAAAUAGACAUUUAAAAACUGUAA